AUGACAGAAUACGAAGACCUGAAACAUAUGACGCUGGUGACAUGCUCCACAACUAGCAAUCAGUCAACGUACUUACCACAUCAUGGAGUACUCAAGGAGUCCAGCGCCACGACGAAGCUGAGGGUCGUGUUCAAUGGGUCGCAGCGAACACGAACAAGAGACUCUUUAAACGCACAUCUCAUGACUGAAGCAAAUCUUCUGCCAGCUCUUCCUGACGUACUACUCCGAUGGCGUCAACACCAGUAUGUCUUCGUUGCUGAUAUAGAGAAAAUGUAUCGGCAGAUACUCGUGCAUCCGGAUGACUGCAAAUUCCAAACGAUCCUGUGGCGUCAUUCAACUGAUGAUGAAGUGCGAGAGUACCAGCUGAGAACGGUCACCUACGGUCUGGCGUGUGCUCCGUUUCUCGCCAUACGGACACUCCGUCAGCUCGCAACAGACGAAGAAAAGCAGUUUCCUCGUGGCGCCGUGGCUCUGCGUCGAGAUUGUUACGUCGACGAUGUGGUCACCGGCUCAAAUACGCUGAACGAUGCGAUCGCACUCCAGAUGGAAAUUCGCAACCUCUGCUUGGCGGGCGGAUUCCCGUUGAAGAAGUGGGCAGCCAACGACGAGAGGAUCCUGACUGGAGUACCAAGCGAUCAUCGUUUGCAGCAAUUGCCACCAGCCUGGGAAGGAGAGCCAUUCCACGCUAGGACUCCGCUGGCACCCGCAACACGACCAGUUCUCCUUCGAUUGGACUGGGACACCCCGCUGCCGCUAUCCGACGCUCGAGAGUGGCAACGUCUUCUAAAAGAACUCCAUCUUCUAGAUCAGGUGCGAAUAAAACGCUGGCUCGCGACCGGAGCAGAUAAGACCUCGCUGCAGCUUCAUGGCUUCGCCGACGCAUCCGAACGAGGAUAUGCCGCCGCAGUAUACAUCCGCAUCACUGAAAGGAACGAAACGUCAAUAAGGUUAUUGAUAGCCAAAAGCAAGGUAGCACCCGUCAAACAAGUGACCUUGCCGAGGCUGGAGUUGUGCGCCGCCACGCUACUCACCAAUUUGACGCGACAUAUCAAACAAACGCUCGACCUGGCAACAUCAGACACGUACUUAUGGUCGGAUUCAACAGUGACCCUCCAGUGGAUUCGCGGUCACUCCUCACGCUGGAAGACUUUCGUCGCCAAUCGAGUCGCUCACAUCCAGACGCAGCUGCCUAAUGCACAAUGGAGACACGUAGCUGGUCGCGACAACCCUGCGGACUGUGCAUCAAGGGGUAUUAAUCCAAGCGAACUAAUCAAUCACGCUCUAUGGUGGACAGGACCUACCUGGUUAUCACAGCACGAAUCGGCCUGGCCAAAUUCCGAGAUGGAGAUCCGAGGAGACGACGUGCCAGAAAGGAAAGCCACGAGCUUGAUGACUGUCAACCGGGUCAUCGUCGAGCCAGAAAUCCUGCUCCGCUUCUCAUCUCUGCAUCGCCUGCUACGGAUAUCCGCAUGGUGCCGUCGCUGGCUGCGCGCUUCUGAGCCGACUCACACCGCUGGAUUAACGUUGAGUCCGGAGGAACUUGACAUGGCACUCUUUCGCUGGCUUCGAGAAGUGCAGACACUGCACUUCACGGACGAGAUCACCGCAGUCGCAGCUGGACGCUCCGUCGCACCAAGCAGCACAUUAGCCAAGCUGACUCCGUUCCUCGACAACCAUGGUGUUCUGAGAGUAAGAGGUCGGCUUAAGAACGCCCUGCUGACACAAGAUGAGAGGCACCCGAUGAUCAUUCCAACCUCGUCGUGGCUAACUCGUCUGCUGGUGGAAUCCUGUCACCGUCGGACGCUGCAUGGCGGAGUGCAACUUACCCUGGGGCUGCUUCGACUGCGCUUCUAA